UGUUUGGAGCAGUGAGCCGCGCCGUCAGACCUGGUCACACAUGCCCACCAAGACCACCAUGCCCACCAAGACCACCAAGACCACCAAGAAUACCAAGAAUACCAAGAAUGUGACUGAUGAGCGGCUGGCCAAGUUCAAAAACAAAGGCAAAGAUCCAACUAAAUUAAGAGAGAAAAGAAUAACUGUUAAUGUGGAGUUACGUAAGGCUCACAAAGAUGAAAACUUUAUGAAAAGGCGACACAUCACCCUCUCUUCUCUCCCUGAUGAAGAGGCCUUGUCUCCGGAGUAUAUCACCGAUGACAAGGUCACCUCUUACUCCAUCGAAGAUAUAAUCAAAGAUGUGAACGGUAACAGCAGAGAGGCACAAACUCGGGGAUGUCAGGCGGCCAGGAAACUCCUUUCUCAAGAGCGAAACCCUCCUCUGAAAGAGAUCAUAGAUGCUGGGCUGCUGUCUCGUUUUGUGUCUUUCUUGAGUAUGGACGAUGAGCCCACUCUUCAGUUUGAAGCUGCCUGGGCACUUACAAACAUCGCCUCUGGGACUUCAUGGCACACCCAACAGGUGGUGGAACAUGGGGCUGUGCCAGCCUUCAUUGCUCUUUUGGCCUCACCUCUGUUGCACAUCAGUGAGCAAGCGGUCUGGGCACUUGGCAAUAUAGCAGGUGAUGGGCCACGUUACCGGGAUGUGCUCAUAGACUGUAAUGUAAUUCCUGCACUGCUUUCCCGCAUCUCCCCAGACACACCAGUUGGCUAUCUGCGUAAUUUGACUUGGACCCUGUCCAACUUGUGCCGAAAUAAAAACCCCUCUCCACCCAUGUCUGCUGUGCAGCAGAUGUUUCCCUCACUGAUCCAGCUGCUUCAUCUCAGUGAUAAGGACAUCUUGUCUGAUGCAUGUUGGGCUAUGUCGUAUUUAUCUGACGGUGACAAUGACCGCAUAGAUGUUGUUGUAAAAACUGGCAUUGUCCCUCGGUUGGUUGAACUUAUGGGCCACAAUGAGCUCAGUGUUAUGACCCCAUCUCUGCGCUCUAUUGGGAACAUUGUAAGUGGAUCAGACACACAGACACAAACUGUUAUUGACGCUGGGGUGUUGAACAUAUUGCCCCAACUCAUGAGGCACCCAAAGCCCAGUGUACAGAAGGAGGCCACAUGGGCACUGUCCAAUAUCGCUGCUGGCCCAUCUAAGCAAAUCCAGCAGCUCAUCACUUGUGGAUUACUGCCCCCUCUGGUGGAACAACUGAGAAAUGGAGACUUCAAGACUCAGCGGGAGGCUGUGUGGGCAGUGACAAACUUCACCAGUGGAGGGAGUGUGGAGCAGGUGGUGCAGCUGGUUCAAAGUGGGGCCCUGGAAGCAAUAAUCAACUUGCUGCAGGUCAAAGACACUAAGGUUAUUUUGGUCAUUCUGGAUGCCAUCAACAACAUCUUCAUUGCAGCAGAGAAGCUUGAUGAGACGGAGAAGUUGUGCUUGCUCUUUGAGGAGCUGGGAGGAUUGGAUCGUGUAGAAGCUCUGCAGAACCAUGACAAUGAGAUGGUGUACCAGGCUGCUCAUCACCUCAUAGAGAAAUAUUUUUCAGAUGAGGACAUUGAGACUCAUUCACUUGAAGCCACAAAGGAAGCAUUUGUAUUUCAGAGUCCUGAUGUUCAGAAAGCAUUUGAUUUUUAAUAUUGUGUGUCAUGAAUAAAUUCAUAAUGUACUCAUGUA